AUGCCACGUGUUUCCACGGAAUCCCAACAAAUCUCUCUCGACGCCGGCAACGAGUCACCGACCCUCGGCGAAUUGCUGAAACAUUUCGAAGACAGUGACCGGGAAAAAUAUUCCGGCGAAGAUGCUCCGAUUCAUCACACAUUGGAUCUCACUUCCCCUGAAGUACAACAUGUACCGUUUGUCUUAGCCUUCAACAAUCUCAAAUACAGUGUCACACUUCGCCGGCGAUUUGAUUUCUCUCGAGUAAAACCCGAUUCGGUGAAGAUUUUACUCGAUGAUGUCUCCGGCGAAGUUUGUCACGGAGAUAUCCUCGCCGUUCUCGGUGCAAGCGGAGCAGGUAAAUCGACGUUAAUCGAUGCAUUAGCUGGGAGGGUUGCAGAGAAAAGCCUGAGAGGCUCUGUAACUCUAAACGGAGAAAAGGUUUUCCGAUCUCGAUUGCUGAAAGUAAUAUCGGCAUAUGUGAUGCAAAACGAUCUACUAUUUCCGAUGCUCACCGUCAAAGAAACCUUAAUCUUCGCUUCUGAGUUUCGUCUCCCGAGAAAUUUCCCCAAAUCGAAGAAGAUGGAGCGUGUUGAAACCCUAAUCGACCAAUUGGGGCUCAGAAACGCGGCGGAUACUGUAAUCGGAGACGAAGGACACCGUGGAGUCUCCGGCGGAGAGAAACGGCGAGUUUCAAUCGGAAUCGAUAUUAUCCACGAUCCGAUCGUCUUGUUCCUCGAUGAACCAACAUCCGGAUUGGAUUCCACGAAUGCGUUUAUGGUGGUGCAGGUUCUGAAACGUAUCGCUCAGAGUGGCAGCAUCGUAAUUAUGUCGAUUCAUCAACCUAGUGCUCGGAUCCUUGACUUGCUUGAUCGGCUUAUCAUCUUAUCUCGAGGCAAGAGUGUAUUCAAUGGCUCUCCGGCUAGUCUUCCUCGAUUCUUAUCCGAUUUCGGUCGUCGAAUCCCGGAGAAGGAGAAUAUAACAGAGUUCGCACUUGAUCUAAUUCGACAACUCGAAGAAUCCCCCGAAGGAGCUCGAGAGUUAGUAGAGUUCAACGAAAGGUGGCAACAGAACCAACCUGCUCGAGCCACACAUGACCAAGCCUUACCUCUAAAAGAAGCCAUCAAUGCAAGUGUUUCUAGAGGCAAACUAGUCUCUGGCUCAUCUGGAGCCUCCGUGGAAACGGUAUCUUCAUACGCAAACUUGCCAUUGAUGGAGACAUUUAUCUUAGCUAAACGGUACAUGAAAAACUGGAUCCGUACGCCCGAGCUUAUAGGAACGCGGAUCGCAACUGUCAUGGUGACUGGUCUUCUCUUAGCUACUAUAUAUUGGAGGCUUGACAACACUCCAAGAGGUGCACAAGAGAGAAUGGCUUUCUUUGCAUUUGGCAUAUCUACGAUGUUCUUCGUUUGUGCAGACAACAUUCCUGUUUUUAUCCAAGAACGAUACAUUUUCUUGAGAGAGACAACGCACAACGCGUACAGAACAUCUUCGUAUGUCAUAUCUCACUCUCUCGUGGCUCUGCCUCAGCUACUCGCUCUCUCUGUUGCAUUUUCUGCAACCACAUUUUGGACAGUUGGUUUGAACGGCGGGUUAGAGAGUUUCUUCUACUACUGUCUCAUAAUCUAUGCCUCCAUUUGGUCUGGAUCCUCUGUUGUUACUUUCAUAUCCGGUUUUAUCCCCAACGUCAUGAUAAGUUAUAUUGUCACCAUUGCCUAUCUUUCAUACUGUCUACUGUUGGCUGGAUUCUACAUCAACCGAGAUCGGAUACCGUUCUACUGGAUAUGGUUCCACUACAUUUCACUGAUCAAGUAUCCCUACGAGGCUGUCUUAAUCAACGAGUUUGAUGACCCGUCUCGAUGUUAUGUUAAGGGAGUCCAAGUAUUCGAUGGUACGCUUUUAGCAGGAGUGCCCGAUGCGAUGAAGCUUAAGCUCCUCGAUACACUGAGUAACUCUUUAGGAACGAAGAUAACGGUGUCCACAUGCUUGAGAACAGGGCCUGACUUGCUUAUGCAGCAAGGUAUAACUCAAUUGAGCAAGUGGGAUUGCUUGUGGAUUACGUUAGCUUGGGGUCUCUUCUUUAGGAUAUUGUUUUACUUCUCAUUGCUUUUUGGGAGCAAGAAUAAGAGGACGUGA